AUGCCUAGCAUCAGACAGGUUUUGGGAGCGGUGGCGGUUGGGUUGGUUACUGUGUCUACUGUGUCUGCUCUCCCAGCGCAGCCGAAGCUGAGCCCGCAAGCAAGGAGGGCGUAUGAAUAUGGGCAAGAGGCGAGGAGAUAUCUGCAAGCAAGACAAAACCCUGCAACAGGAUUACCGGACGGGUUGACAGACAUCGACAUUCUUGAAUUUGCAUUGACAGCAGAGAAUCUCGAGACUGCAUUCUACCAGCAGGGCUUUGCCAAGUUCGCGGACUCUGAUUUCGCAGCAUUGGGCCUUACAGCAGCCGACAUUACCAACCUGAAGUCAAUUGGAGGAACUGAGCAAACGCAUGUCACCACUCUCACGUCUGCCAUUGCGGGGGCUGGGACCGCACCUGUUCAGCCAUGCACGUACAACUUUGGAUUCACCACGGCUGCCGCUAUGGUUGCGACCGCGGGUGUCUUGGAGAACAUUGGAGUUUCUGCAUAUCUCGCUGCCGCACCGCUCGUAAAGACGCCAGGAAUCUUGACCGUGGCCGCUGAGAUCGUCACUGUUGAGGCACGUCAUCAAACCUUCAUUCGCACAGCCUCCAAGCAAGCCGCCAUCCCGUCUGCAUUCGACACCCCUCUUGGCAUCCGCGCUGUCUUCACACUCGCAGCUGGCUUCAUCUCCUCUUGCCCAUCCGGAUCCAACUUAGCCAUCACUCCAUUCCCAGCAUUGACCAUGACUGCCGGAGCUGCACCUGCAGCUUCCGCCAGCGGCACUAUCGCGGCCGGUACUACAGUUCAAGUCACCACGACGGCCACCGGAGGAACCACCUGCGCAUUCCUCAAUGGUGGCCAACCUGGGGGAGCAGCCUUCGUGCCAUUUACCAACGGUGCUUGCGUCGUCCCUCAAAACCUUGCUGGCAUCACAUAUCUCCACCUCACCAGCUCGCAGCCUGCGGAUAAUACGAUCACAGACGCAAUCACCGUUGCUGGCCCGAUGGUCAUGCAAAUUUCUUAG